AGCAAAAAUGGCGGUGGGCUGACCUGAACCCGCACGCCCACAGCUUCUCCCCGAAUACUCGACUCAGCGAUUCGCUCGUGGCGGCUCGUCGGCGCCGGCAUCCUCCGCCAUUGCCGAUCGCCCUCAUAACCACAAGGCGCUGGCCGAUCGAGGGCACGAGCGCGCGCCAUGCUCAUAAACCUAUCCAAAAACCCAUUAAUCCCGCGCCAACACCUCGUCCUCCAGCCCCGCCGCUUCUGUACCGCCGCCACCUCCUCGGCGACCACCGCUGUGCCUGCCAGAAAGGAGCUUCCCCGGGAAGAUGAUCUCGCAGAGGAGUCGCGCAGCCGCCUCGUGCGAGACACCUGCAGGCUGCUCGAGCUCCGGGACUCGUGGAGCCCGAAGCUGGAGGCCCAGCUCCGCCACCUCCUCCGCAUCCUCUCCCCGCCGCAGGUCCGAGCUGUGCUCCGAGCGCAGGCGCAGAGGGACGCCCGCGCCGCGGUCGAGUUCUUCCGUUGGGCCGACCGCCAGUGGCGUUACCGCCACGCACCGGAGGUGUUCGACGAAAUGCUAUGCCUCCUCAGCCGCACCAAGCUCCAUGACCCGGCUCGCCGCGUCAUGCGCCUCAUGAUCCGCCGCGGCAUGCGUCGGGGGCCGCAGCAGUUCGCACACCUCAUGCUCUCCUACAGCCGUGCGGGGAAGCUCCGUUCCGCCAUGCGCGUGCUCCAACUCAUGCAGAAGGACGGGUGCGCGCCCGACAUAUCCAUAUGCAAUGUGGCGGUGAAUGUGCUUGUAGUGGCUGGGCGCAUCGACAAGGCUCUUGAGUUUGCCGAACGGAUGCGCCGUGUCGGGGUCGAGCCAGAUGUAGUCACACACAAUUGCCUUAUCAAGGGAUUAUGUGGUGCUCGGCGGGUUGUCGAUGCAUUAGAGAUGCUCGGUGCAAUGCUGCAAAAUGGGUGCCCACCAGAUAAGAUCAGCUACUAUACAGUGAUGAGCUUCAUGUGCAAGGAGAGGAGGGUGGCAGAGGUGCGGAGUUUGCUUGAAAGGAUGAGAAAUGAUGCAGGUCUAUUUCCGGAUCAGGUCACAUAUAACAUGCUUAUCCAUGUGCUUGCAAAGCAUGGUCAUGCAGAUGAGGCAUUGCAAUUCCUGAGGGAAUCAGAAGGGAAAAGAUUCCGUGUUGAUGAGGUUGGAUAUAGUGCAAUUGUGCACUCGUUUUGCUUGAAUGGGAGGAUGGCAGAGGCAAAGGAGGUUGUAGGUGAGAUGAUUUCAAAAGGGUGCUGCCCUGAUGUUGUAACGUAUAGUGCGGUUGUUGAUGGAUUCUGCCGGACUGGGGAAAUUGAUCAAGCGAGAAAGAUGAUGAAGCAUAUGUACAAGAACGGCUGCAAGCCAAACACGGUCACACAUACUGCUCUGUUAAAUGGGCUCUGCAAAAUCAGUAAAACUUCGGAAGCCUGGGAAUUGCUAAACAAGAGUGAAGGGGAGUGGUGGACUCCAAGUGAUAUCACAUACAGUGUUGUCAUGCAUGGAUUUAGGAGGGAAGGGAGGUUGAAAGAAUCAUGUGAUGUGGUAAUGCAGAUGUUGCAGAAGGGUUUCUUCCCCACAACUGUGGAGAUUAACUUGUUGAUCCAUGCAUUAUGUAAGGAAGGAAAGCCAGCAGAGGCCAAAGACUUCAUGGAGCAGUGCCAAAGCAAGGGCUGCUCCAUUAAUGUUGUUAACUUCACAACUGUAAUCCAUGGAUUUUCGCGGCACGGUGAUUUGGAAUCAGCCCUCUCUUUGCUGGAUGACAUGUAUCUGAGCAACAGGCAUCCAGAUGUUGUGACAUACACUGUUGUUGUUGAUGCUUUAGGAAAGAAUGGUAGAAUGAAAGAAGCCACAGAGCUUGUAGAGAAAAUGCUAAAUAGAGGUUUGCUCCCUACGCCGGUCACAUACAGGACAGUGAUACAUAGAUAUUGUGAAAGGGGUAAACUGGAAGAGUUAAUCAAUCUGCUGGAUAAGAUGUUAGCAAGACAAGGGUUUAGUAGUGCAUACAAUCAGGUCAUUGAGAAGCUAUGUGCAUUUGGUAAACUUAGUGAGGCUUACAAUCUCCUCAGCAAGGUACUGAGAACUGCCUCAAAGAGAGAUGCUCAAACAUGCCACAUUUUGAUGGAGAGUUUUCUUAAUAGAGGAUUCGCACUUCAAUCAUAUAAUGUGGCCUGCCGAAUGUUCCAGAGAAAUUUGAUUCCUGAUGUUAAAUUAUGUCAAAAGGUUGACAGUCAGAUAGCCCUAGAAGGACAGAGACAAGCUGCUGGAAAGCUUAUCAUUAAGUUUGUUGAAAGAGGUCUUCUAAAACAAGAUAAACAAGAUAACUGAUUUCUAACAUGGUCCUCUGAUGUAUCCUGUCUUUGUUGAGCUUUGAUGAACGAUCAAUUGUGUGCGAAUCAUCCUCAGAAAAAAAAAAAUUGUGCGAAUCAGGACCACUACAUGGCCUUGUACCUUGUACAGAGACUUGCGCCCAGGGCCUGUUGCAUGAGUAAAUUUGCAGUAACAUGUCAUUAUCUCCUCCGGAACCUGGAUAUAUAUGCAAUUACCAGAUCUUCAAUUUAAUGACUGGGAGACAGAGAAAGAUGCAGAACAAUAGGGGAUACCUGUGCUAGAAAUAUGGCCAUUUCUGUGUUCAUCAAUCUUGCUGGGUGUUCAGUUUUGCAGACCUUGGAAAUGCUGAUAUAUUGUUCACUUACACAGUUACACCCAUAUUCCGGUGGUUGGAGGAACUACCACUUAAGAUAUAAUCUAGUCAGAAGGCCAACAUUUGAAGUUGAUUUCAUUUCCUGAGGAAAAAAAUUAUGAUCAACCGAUCUGUAGCUUAAAUGGCACUAUUGUUUUACUUGUCAAGCUAGUAGUGAUAAACAGUUCAGCUCUCCACGUGGGGAGUUGAUACAUCUCCUUGUGUGGAAUUGAUAUAGAUAUAUCUACUAUGGGUU